CAAUGCUUUUUUGUUGAGUAAAUCCCUCCUUUUUUUCUCUGGUUCCGCUUCUUUGACCUUUGACUGAAGGAAGAAUCUCCAUCACCCCUUUCCCGCUUUUACUCCCUCCACAUACCUCCUCUCCACAUCCCCCUAUAUAUACCCUUUCCCUCCUCCCUACCCAACCCUAAAUCCACAAAAUUUCUCUCUUAAACUCUCAUGGCGGACAAGAAUUCUCUUAUUUCUUCCUCCGGCGACCGGCGCCAACCAACCCGACUGCAACGGCGAGCUCCGACGUCAAUAAAAGUUGAUCGGGUAACCGAUUGGAAUAUUGCGAUACCGCUUUUAUCGCCGUUGAUUACUUCUCCGACGGAUUCCGAAUCGGAUAACUUGAAGGCAGCGAUAAAUGCUUUUUCCGGAUCCGUCGGUGAGGUGAGGAAAGAACAGCCGGACAAGCCGGGGAUGGUGUUUAAAAAGUGGCAGCAUCCGGCGGCGCCGUUUUGUUACGAGCCGGCUCCGAUGGUGCCUUUCGUGGUAUGUGCAGGAAACGCUGAUGGGAAAGUUUUCUAGUUUGUGAUUUUGAAAAUUGUAAGGGCGGGCAUAUGUAAAUGUAGUUCUAGAAUUCUAAACAUUUUGUUAAUAAGUGUUUUAGACUUUUUUUCAUGAACAAUCUGUACAAUUAACAAGUUUUGGUUACUAAUCACAAAAGGAUAUCCAUUCAGCAAGCUA